AAGUGAUUAAAGACACCUUUCGCCGAUUAUACAUUUACAUAAUUUUUCUGGAUUUCUGAAACGGCCAUACCAUACCACCUUACGUAUACCACGAUAGGGUUGGUGGGAGCUGUUGACCGCUGUACAGCUCACUGCACGCGUGCUUGAAGAACCCUUGCUUCUUACCUAAAAUGCCGUAGCAAAAAGCGUCUCAGUGACUUAGACAAAUAUGAAGAUUCGUUCUCAGAUUCUGAAAUACAUGCAUUUGGACAGAACAUAUUGUCUGCUCACAGGCAGGAACGUUCGAAUCAUUUUGGAGUUGUUUCGCCUGAUUGAUGUUCAUGAUGAAAUGGCUCUAAACGAUGUGCAGUUCUGCGCGUUCAUGCAGACAGCUACGGACCUCAACACAAAUCAAAUCUACAAAGUAUUCGAUAUGCUGGACGUGGAUGGAUCGGGAGCGAUGGACUUUGAUGAAUUCUAUCUGCUGAUUUGUAUUCUCAUCGCUGUCCAAGAUAAAGCGGAGAAAAAUUUCAUCUACCGGCAUUCACGCACCGUGUUUGAUCUUCUGGAUGAAGACAGCAGCGGGAAUAUUUCCGCUUAUGAGUUUGAAACAUUUGGGUUUCUAUUCAAUUUGCAAGGAGAAGCAAUUCAGACAAUCUUCAGGGAAUUUGACGUUUCUGGUGACCAGGAGCUGGACUACUCAGAAUUUAAAAUGUUUGCCAUGGCAUGUAUUGACCGACAAUCCGAGAUUGAAUCCAGCAAAGAAAUUAAAUCAAAUGCUGUAUUCGAGUCUGCUAAAAGACUUUGCAAAUCAUGUUCUAUCAUGUAGUCAGAAGACAUUGACAGCUCUUUACCAUGUUUAUUAAAAGCCAGUUGACAACGUGUUAGAGUGGCAAAUUUGAUCGAAGAUGACCUGCACCUCUUUAAAACUCCUAUUUUGCUUCGUACUUGUUAAUCUGCACCUCUUGUUUUUAGGGCUAGGGGAAUUGUUUGUGUUGUAUACCUAUUGUUUCGUUUGGCCAAUCAUGAAGACCCUUGUAAACGGUGCGUAGUCGCCCUAUGAUCGCUUUCAGUGAUCUCAGACGUUGCACCUAAGAUCAUCGACAUGGUGGGCAAAAGCUUCUUGUUUUCCUGACGAAAUGGGCUUGCUUUCACUCAGUGAAAGGACCAGCAAAACUGGGAAAAUUUGGGCUCGAGAUCAAGGCGUAACAUGGACAAGGAAGGGGCGCUCACCUCCCACCAAUGUGGUUCAGGUUGGUUCUCGCCUUGCUUCGAGGGAUUUUCUGCGCGUUCCCCGGUUUUUCUUCCUCCACUGAAAGCAACAUCUCCAAAUUUCAAUUCUACCAGGAUGGAGGACCUGCAUGAAAGCCAGCUAAGGCUGAUGUGGCUCCUCUCUUAACACUGUCAUUCAUUUAUUAUUUUAUUCAGUUCUUUUAAGUCCAGAUAUUUUCCAUUCCAAUCACACCUGUCAAACGUAGUAAUAAACAACCAUCAUCUUUGUGCUUGUGCACGCGCAACAUGGACAGAAAAUGAAGAAACAGAAACACAUUUCUCCAGUACGGUCCGACAUUUACAAUAGUGUCCUGCGGUUGUCUACAUCAGUCAGACCCAUAUUGAAGAGUGAUAACACGCACAUGAUUGAUCCCUCAUACCGGAAGUUGGUUUCUCAGGCUAAACACUAACCUUGC